GGAAGUUGUUUGUUUAUACAAUAAUUGACUGAAGUUUUCGUAAAUUGGAGUCUGUGCUAUCUACUGAUUAGACUCUAGACUAGAUUGACCAUUUAUUAGGAUGGGAGGGUUUAGUGUAUUGAGAUUAUAAUAAUUUUAGUUUCUCCUCCAUCAUUUUAUGUUCCAAUCGUUUGUUAAUUGACUGGUGUAUGUAACGAUUCGGAAUACUGAUAAUGAAUCUAAGUUGUUUCUGUUGUUUGUUACAGAAAGCCAUGCUAGCAUGCUCUUCACUUGUGGAGCAGAUAAAACUGACUGUCUGCACUCAUCAGACACGUGCGCGCAUUGACACUUAUCCACUGCGCAACCAAGGCCCGUUUCAUGUCUAGAUUUUCGAGUUGGAUGACAAAAGUCUUCAUGUGCAAACAUUAACAAUAUACCACCAACUAUGACAUCUCCAGUUUCUGAGUUGCUCGUUCAGGAUAGUUUAUGUAAAGACUUAUUCAAAACAAUAUCUGAGAGUGUUGAAUUGUCCAAUAGUACUGAUCCUGAACUUGGACCACCAGAACAUUAUUCAGGAGAUGUAAUUGGACAGCUUCUUGAUCGAAUGGUACAAAUCCUUCCGCCCGAAGAGAGGAAUAUCUUUGGUGAUGCUGAGGAGAAAAAUAUUGAGGAUAUAAUUGAGGAGGCGAAUGAGUUAAUACGAGCCACCACUCCUCUCUUCUCUUCGUCUGAAAGUGGAGAGAAGAGUUGGAAUAAAAGUUCAAGGACACUCUCAAAACCACUUAAAACUAGUGAAACUUCAUUAAAAAAGGAUUAUUCCGAAGAGUUUGAAAGUAGUACCAAAGAUAAGAGUGAAAAUGACAGUAUUUGUUCUUCUAUGGAAAGUAUUUUAGUAAAAGAAAAUGUUUCGAACACUGCACUGCCAGAUGAUGGUGAAAGUCCACUAAAACAUGAAAAUCCUAAAGAAAUUCAUGUUAAUAAAGAUUGUGUUGAAAAUAAAUAUAAAGAAGAUACAAAUGAUAUAAAAACUGCUGAUGAACUACCUAUAAAAGCUGGCUUAAAAAUGACCAGUGAUUUAAAAAAUGUGGAUCACGUGCAAAAUAAAAUCCAAGUGAAUUUAAGUAGUGGUGUUGAAAAACAUUCUGAUUUUUCACAACACCAACAAAAAUCUGAAUUAGGCAAAACAUUACAGUUUCAGAAUGUUAAAGAAAUUGAUACAGAAGUUUUUAUUAAAGAUAAGUCAUUAAAAACAAAUACCAAUGAGCAAUUAGAGUUGGAAACACAGUUACUUCACAUGAAGAAUAAAUAUAUUGCGGAAAUUCAAGAGUUAAAACAGCUUCACAAUAAGGAAGUUCAUGAAUUAAAUGAACAACUGAGUCGUUUUAAUAUCAAGAUUUAUGAACUCCAAAAAAGUUCUAAAGCUGAGAAGAGCCCAGAAGUUAAUAGUCAGCAGCUAGAGUGUCUUCAGAAUGAAAUAAAGAGCCAGGAACAACUUAUAACUGGAUAUGAAAGAGAAAAUAAGAAGUUAUGUAAAGAGAUCUCAUCCCUAAAGGAAGUUUGGAAGCAGAGGGAAACUAAACUUAUUGAAGAAAAACAAAAAUUACAAAACCAAUUGCAAGGGAUGGUAUCAAAAACCACCACUGAAGCUUUGGAAGAACAGCUGAAAGAUGCCCGAGAAACAAUUGUAAAGCUACAAAUUGAACUAACAACUUACAAGAGUAAAAGCAAGGAGCUGGAGGUGACAUGUGAGCGGUUACGAAGUGAAACCCACCGACUGCAGGCAGAGUUAAGUAAGUGUCGCUGUGAUCGCUCGGUGGGCCGCCGGGACAAGUACAGUUUCCUGGCCUCUAGUAACGUGGGCACGCAGAUCCAGGAGUUGAAGAAUGUCAUCUCCAGGAAAGAUAUUGAGAUAGCCCAGAUGAGUACAACGUUGGGGGUGCUAAAGGGAGAGUUGGGUGGCAGAGAGGGAAGCAUGUACAGCCAGCAGCUGGAGUCUCACAACCUCACAAUCAGUCAGCUACAGGCAGCGCUGGCAGUGGAGCGGCAGACAGUCAAGGAUCUGGUACAUGAAAAGGAGAUGCUUCUGAAGGAGAACCUUGACCUUAAACGUCAGGUCAGGGAACUUGAAAGCAUCGUCAAGCGCCGGCAAAGAUCUGAGUCGUGUUUCCCAGUCAUUUCAAGUGAGACUCAGUCCAGCUCUCGGCUGGUAGAACUGGAGAAGGAGUUGUCUUCACGCCAGGAGUCACUCUCUGCAUUGCACACUCAGUUCCUCAAUAUGCAGAAAAAGUACGAGGACCACAUACAAGAAUUAGAAGAAAGACUCAAAGAGUGCAGGGAAGAGAUAAUUACACUAAAAGCUAACCAGAAGAAAGAAGAUGCUAACCAACUAAAAUCGAAUGCAAAGAGAUUGAAACAGAGCACUGCGGUUGUCAAAGAGGAAACUCAUUUAUUGGCUACAAUCCGAGGAUUAAGGCAAGAGGUUUCGACUCGAGAAAAAGAAAUAACAAAGUUAACCAAAGAAAUAGAAGAAGUGAGACUAACGAAUAAACGAUUACAAAAAGAGAGAGAAAAACAGUUGAACUCAAUGCCUGUUAAAAUGUCACACAUACGAGAGAAGACAAACCUGAGAAAAGUGGACAAGACAGGUUCAGCUGGAGAGCCACGUUCUGUGACAACUUCCCCCAACAACAACAUAAACCCACUGCUCUUUGCAGAAUUGCAAGAAUCGAAUUUAAUACUUAAAUCGAAAACGAAGAGUCUCCAAGAAGAAGUGAAAAGACUUGAGCAAGACCUGAUCGCCAUGCACAAUAAGCGAGUUCAUGAUCUAAAUGUGCUGCAGAAUGAGCACGAGCUAGAGAUGUCUAGAGUGUUGGAGGAGAGAGCUGCGUUCCUCACUGAUAGCUCCAACACUGAGCUGCAGGGCCAGGUCUACACUCAGCAGAUGGUCAUCACCCACCUUAAAAACCGACUGAAGCAGAUGGAAGAACUGAAGAACGAAGUGACAUUGCUGAGAGCUGAAAGAGAUCAUUUAGAAGAGAGCUUGAGUGCGGUGAACCAGAAGAUGUGUUACUUACAGAAUGCUCAGUCCCCUGAAAGCAAUCAAUACAAGACUCUGCUGGCGAAAUUGGAGACCUUGGAGAAGAAUCAGGAGAUCAGAGAACAGAAGUUGAACGCAGUAAGGGAGCUGUUGAGCCGCAGCACGCAGGGGCAAGGUCAGUGCAGUGGAACUUGUCGGGACAAACUGUUGGACAAGAAUCGUCAGAUCUGCUACUACAGAGCACAAAUGGACCGGAUACUCGAGGCACUGCUAGAGCUACGCAGGACCAAGUAGUACCUUUUUCUAUUCUCUAAUUGUUUACAUUGAAACUAAUUUUCAUAACUAAGUAUGAUAUAAGUAUAAUUCAACAAUAACAUUGUUAAAGCUCAAUGAAAUCAAUUACAAGUGUAGAAUAAUUAACCCUUAGAGGUUAGAUUUUAGUGGUUUAACACUAAAGUUAUAUUUGACAGGCAAGCUUUAUUAAAUUUGAGCAUAUAUAAUCUAGGUAGUGUUUACUACUAUAGGUUUAAUAUUAUAGGAUUAGAAACGUUUGGGUAUAGUCAAUUCAAGCUAAUUAGUGCUGACAUGUUAUUUUGACAGAAUAUCAGCUAGUGCUGUGACGAUUGACUUAUGCAAUUAAGGUAUAGAAACUGUUACAGAACAUAAUUUUGAACAGCUCAUACAAGGGCUGUUUGGAAAGUAUCCAAUAUUGUGAUGUUACUGAAAAACUAGCUUACUGAUCACAACCAAAUUUCAGGCUCCUUCAAAGUACUCUCCUUUGGUCACGAUACACUUGUUCCAAUUAUUCUCUCACUUCGAGAAACAAGUUGUAAAGUCCGACUUCAGGAUUGGCAUUAGCUUUGCAAUCAAAUUCACUUUGAUCUCUUCACAUGUUUGAAAUCUGGUUCCUUUGAGUGGGGUAGCUGUUUCGAUUUCGGGAACAGCUAGAAGCUAUAUGGUGGCAUAUUAAAUCUGUAUGGAAGAAGUGGCACCCUGGCUGGUAUGGUGCUUGUUCAAUAACUGUUGAAUCACGUGAGAGGAAUGAGAUGGUGCAUUUUCAUGGUUAAGCAGCCAGUCUCCACUGGCUCACAUUAGGAUUUUUUUGUUAUACUAUAUCCCAGAGCAUAUUGGUGGUGUCUAAGCCUUGUUGCCAAAAAACACUGUCAUCAUAGCCAUGAUUUUGCUUAGAACUUGCUGACCUUUUUUUGGGUGCUAGAUUUUGAUCUAGGCUAAUUAUAGGGCUUUUGUUUAUGAAUCAUAGCCCUAAACCCAUAUCAUUGCUGAGAAUAACUUUUUUAAAUUUAGGGUUGAUGAUCAUGUAAAAGUCUUGCACUCUGCAUGAUUUUCAAACGCUGCACCUCUUGGUGUUCAGUGAGCAAUUUUGGGAUAAAUAUACAAAACCAUUCGUUUCAAUCCCAAAUUCUCAUACAGAUUUUCAGCAGCAACGGUUUUUUUUUGUAUGUACAAGAGUUACUCCAACUCAUUCACUGUUAAAGCAAUUCUCCGCUUUGAUUGCUAUGGAUUGUGUUGAUGAAUAGUAACUAUAAAGUAUAUCAUUUUUCAGUGAAUCACGGCUAUUUUUAAAACGAGUAGAACCACAAAAGGCUUGCUGGAUCAUAUGAGUUUUUUCUAUACACGUUUUUCUGAGUUUUAAACAAAACUUAAUGCAUAUUCUAUCUUCAUGUUUUUUCAUUGUUUAGAGAAAACCCCAAUAAAGGCUUGAGAAAGACCGCCUCACAGCUGACUUAAUGAAGGUAUGAAUGAGAGCUAUUCUCAGUGGAAGCAGGGGUAGUGAUAGUGCAUGCUGAAUCUGAUAACAGUAGCUGCUAUAGAUAAGGAGUAAUGUCAAAUAUCAGAUACUUUCCAAACAGCUCUCAUAUAAAUCUAUUAAAUAUGAUUCUAUAUUUAGUGUCAGUUGUUAUAAAUUAUAUAUCAAAUUCACUAUGGCUCCCAGCUAUACCGUAUUGGUCCUACAUUUAUAUUACUGGAGAUGAAAAGUAAAACUUUAGUUUAUAGAGCUAUCAAUUUUGAUCUGAAUACACUAUUAACCCUUAUUCAAUAAGUUAAUGCUAUACAUAAGUUUGAUAUAUAUUUAAUUCAAAGUCAAAUGUAUUGUAUUACAUUAUAAACAAACAUUUUUCCCAGCAGCAUUCGAUAAUUUUGCCUUCUGAUCUUGUGUAUUAAACUUCAACCUCAUUAGCUUGUUUUGUCUGUACAGAAGUAAUAAAAAGUAACAAGAAACAAGAACAUUGAACUGAAAUGAUUUUUUUCAUUAAUGUUUCAUGUCAAUUACAUCAUUGUAUAAUGAUAAUUUAUCAGUUCAUUUCAAUAUAUUCAAAAUUACAAUCUUGGAGAGUAAAUUACAAGUUGUGUUUUUGUUAUGAAAACAUUGUACUGUGGGUUGUUGUGUAUUUUUAAUUUUCUUUUGUAAGAUAGUGUGUACAAUUAUUUUAAGAAGAUUUGUCUUUCAGUUUUAAGUAUUUUUAGUGAGAAAAAGCCAAAGAUAAUAGUGCCUAAGAGCAAUGUAUUUUUUAUUUUAAAGUUAUUCUACUAUUUAUGUUGGAAGGAACAUGGAAGGACAAUUAAGAAUCUCUUGUAACUCUUUGGUCUCUGGACAUGCUUUUUAAAUUUGCUGCUUCAAUUGAGAGAAGGGGCCGUCCCAUAAUUACGUAACACUAAAAUCACACUUUUUAGACCCCCCUCUCUCCUUGUAAUGGACUUGCAAUGGUAACACCAACCCAACUCAAAAAUUAUGUAACGCUGCCAACAACACCCUUUCAAUUUAUAUUAUUCUAAAUAUUGUAACAUAAUAAAGACAGUUGCAUACUCCUAAGUAAAACGUGAUUUAUUAAUAUAAAACUAGCAUCCCAUAACUGUACUACAUCGUUUUGAAUUGUUUGCUGUUUCAUCUCGGGAUGUGCAUUUUUGUAAUUUGAAACAUUUCUACUCUGUCUACUUUUUUGGAUCUGAAAGUGCAACGACAUAGUAACAAGACUACAACAACUAGGUAAGGCAUUCACUGUAUUUUUACACUUGACUGUAAUGCACAUGCAGAACUGACAGAUGAUCUGACGUUUGCUUCCUUGUCGCACCAGUUGCCGCGAGCCUAUCUGUACAUUUACAGCACCAAACUUUCUGUAUCCUACUACGGCACACCUCUGAGUCAUUCUUUUUUACUAACUUGAAUAUUUGGAUUUAUGAUGGAUACAGUGUUUAGGCACAGUUUCGUAAAGUUUGAUCUUUACUGUAAACAUUGGGCUCAAACGUCAAAAACUCGUACUCUGCCAAAAUGCUUGAUACUAACAGAUUUUAAAAAACUGCUAUUACAUUUAAGGAGGUAUUUAUAUGGAGGAUUAAAACUUAAUUAUUGGUUGGAGAGGGUUAUAUAAUACUAACUUUAAUAUCUUUGUGAAAAACAGGCAAAUUUUUAGAAUGAAUAUGAAUAAUUAAUUGUUGAGAUUUAAUAGUUACUUAACGCUGUGUCACAACUCCCUCACCAUUCUCCCCCUGUAACAGUGUAUAAUCCGGCUGAAAACUACUCCCAAUGUUAUGUCAUUUAGGGACGGUCCCCUUUUUGUAUGUUAUAAUAUAAAUAUAAAUUACUAGCAAUUAUUCUCCUGUCUGUUUGUGUUUUUCCUUGUAACAUUCUUACAAAAAAUUGAAAUUUUCAGCAAAAUUUCAUUAAUUUUAAUAGAGUGUAGAGUUUGGCCUAAACAGCUUUAAGAAACUUAUUAUUGAUGCUAAUGUUAUUCUGUAAACUUUCCCUUAUUUACUUAUUUAAUAAAAUAAUUUGUUCAAAAAAACCUGAGUUAAAAAAAUUGUUACAAUUAAUUUGAUAAACAAAAAUGAUACUAUUGCUUAUUAUUUUAGUUAAAUAAAAUCCAUUUUAGGUCCAACAGUAUUUUCAGUUUUUUCCUGUAUUAUAUGCUUAUUGGGUUUAUAUUAUAAUUUUAUAUUCACUUUCAAUAUUUUGUACUUUUAUAUUUUCAGUCUUUCUCAAAUAGUUAUCUUUUUGCAAAUAGAUUCAAUGUUCAUGAUACUAAAGAAAAGUUUAACUCACAAUACACUUACUGCAGUUCAUGAUAUAAGUAUUCACAAAUUUUCUCAUCUUGAACAAAGUCAUCCAUUAUUUACAGUGAGGAAUAGUCAACAUUAUUCUAUUAUUAGAAUAUUAGUGAUCAGGAAUAAUGCUAACUAUUCACAAAGUAGCAGAGUAAAGCAGCUGAAACUGCAGAUAAUCAUGAAUUGCACAGAUGACAGGAAUCAACAACGCAAUACCAAGUCAGCAGCUAUGACACUAAUUAAAAACAUUUUUGACAAGAAAAAUAAAACGCACAAAAUUAAUGCACAAAGUUUUUGAGAUUUAAAACAAGAUCCAUAGAAAUGAAAUACAUUAAGGUAAUAAUGCAAUGGUUACACUAAGACCAUAUGGCCCUAACUAAUGAGUUACUAAUUAUUUAGUCCUUUUAUAAACUAGCUUUUUGUCUCGUAACAAUUUACUGUCUUUUUUUCAACAUAGUUAUGUAUUAUCUAUUUUUCAAGGUAAAACAAACAGAAGACUAAAAUAACUGCCAGAGAUCGAUGUUUGUAUACAUGUAUGAAAAUUCUGUUAUUUUCUAUCAUACAAUUAAAUCAGAGCCAUCGAUCACCAAAAAAGGUAAUAUGUGUGGUUUAGACUUAUAAUGUGGAUAAUGUUUUAGCGAAUAAAUGAGACGAGGCAAAAUCAUUUAAUUAACAUUACUCCAGAGUUAUAUUUAUUACUAAUGGAUGAUUUAUCAACUCUCGAACUGGCAGUUGUCUUUUUUAGACGAUAAAAAUUUGUUACUGUCGUAGUGGCAAUCUAUCUUAGAUAAUAAACACAUUUUGUAAUGCAUUUUUCAAUAUAUCUAAAAAUGGUUUGAUUUACAGACCUUUCUUUCACUAAAAAGCUCAGAAUUCUAAUUAUCUGUAUUGUACAUUUAAAUAGUGCUGCUCGCUGCAUUACUAGUGUACAAAUACUACAAUCUCGAAGGCAGUGGCUGGAACGUAAUAAAGUAAACACUGCACCAGAAUAGUUUUAGAUUUAAUUUUGUAUGUAAAUUGUUUUUAUGGAAAAUACUCAAUUUAAUCAAUCAAUCAAUCAAUUUAAACAAAAUACUUAUGAUAAUUUGUUAAUGCAUCCAUACUAUCUAAAAUAUACACCUAAAGAUAAAAAAAUUAUACACAAUAAGAUACAAUUAGCCAAUAAGAUACAAAUAUAUUUUAUAUAUUUUUUACACAACGAGGAAGAUAGUAUUGUCAUUUAGAGAAAUUCCAACUGCCAGCUCUAGGGUUAAUCAUCAGCCAAAUAAUGUUAUAAAUGAGAAAGAAAAACUAUCAUUGGUAAAAUUAGUUGUACCUCACACACAAUAAUGUGGCAUGUAAUGUUGUACUGUGCUGUCCUGAAUAAUGUACAGUCAUGUGAAUGUAUUGAUCGUAUCCUGUCAAUGUGGGGAAUAACUCUAGUCUCCUAGUAGUACAAAAUAUAUGGUAAUGUCAAUGCCAGUUCUGACUCGCAGAGCACUGGCAAUAUAAGAAAAGCAGGGUAUGUAUGUAAUAAGUAUUAAAAUUUUGGUAUUAUUUGUUCCAUUGUGUUGUAAGUGUAUGAUUUUCACAAAAAUGCUGUGAUUAGAUAGUAAUAAUUUGGUUCUACUUCUAGAUGUAAAAUUGAAUCCAUCCUCCCAGUUACGUCCUAAAUUAUUGUUGAUGAAUUUUACAACUAUAACUUAGAAUAAGAAAACUGUUGAAAUUGGUUUAUAAUUUUAAUUUGAGUUUAACACGUUUACUCCUAAGUGGCAUAACGUAUAGUUGUGGACUACUCAGAAGAAUCAGCAUGUGUAAUCUAGGGAGUGAACAUGUUUAUGCCAUUACUAUAUAUGAUUUUUACAUGUAUUAUAGUAUUUCUGUAUUGUUGUAUUACUAUUACCAGUGUACAUUUUCAUCAUAAUAAUGUAUUUUCUACAUUUUUCUUACCUCAGUUAAACAAAUUUUAUUUUUUUAAGUUUAUCAAAUAAUUUGGAAGGAUGAGAAAUAAUGAAGAGAAUAAGUGACUGGAGAUUAUGUACAAUAGUUCCUGAUUUACAGAAUGUUUAAGAAUAAGUAUUAAAGUUGUAAUAUUUUAUAAAUAUUAAUGUGAACUAAAACUGCACUGUCGUCAGAUAGUGUUUAAUGAAAUUUUUAAUAUUAGGUUGAAAUUAAUACAAAGAAAGAUGUGAAUAUUGUUAUUUUAACAUAACAUACAGUAGUUGCUCUCAAAAAUGAAUUUCUUAUAAUUUUUUGAAGUUAUAUCAGCAUUCUUAUUUAUUUUGUUCAUUAAUGUACUUUAUGUAUUAGAUACUACAUUCAUUUAUCCCUUUAACAAAAUUUUUGUAAUCCUCUGUUACAUUGAUAUAUUUACAUUCCUGACUUUAUUCUUCUAAUAGUAAAUGUGUGCCAUUCUAAAUUCUUUUGUUUCUGACACAAGAUUUUGUAUAAUGUAAUAUUUAUAACUCAUGUUUAGCACUUUAUUUUUAUAACAGUAUUAUUUAUUGUUACAGUGAUAUUAUGCUACUUUCAUGUUAACUAAUUAUGGUGCCAAUAUUUAUAUUGAAUGUACCCAGUUAAGUAAUUUUAGUAGCAUAAGCGCCUUCUUGUACUUUGGAAUUUGGGCUGGCACAUUAUAUUUUGUUUAUUUUUACUAUAAUAAUUGCAACACAAAAGACAGGCAAGUUUAAAAGUGAAACAUCUAAGAGUCUUAUCAUUUCCCUAUUCAUUUGAUUUAAUGUAUUUACCUAAGCUAAUGGUACAAGACUCUAUCAACUGUAAAACUCACAUUAUUUUGUCUGAAAUUAUAUUCUUCCUUAACAAGCUAUUGAUAAACAUUAUAGUUACUUGGUAUUAUCAUUGCUAAGUGUUUGUCAGAAUGUGAUGUAACAAUUCCAGUCUCGUUAUAUAAUCAAACUGAUUUAGUUUAAAAGUCUGAAAAUAAUUAUACAAACUUUAUAGUUUUUUGUAUAACAAGACUUAUUCCUUCAAUUGUUAGUUUAACUUUUAGAGGAUAUAUUUGUUACUAUAAUAAAGGUUGUUUUUAUUGUUAGCGCUUGUGCACUUUUACUAAAUAAAUAUGUUUUCACAGAA